CCAGCCACUAGUCUUCAGUAUCAUUGUCAACGGUUACUAUUGUGUGUAUUAUUUAUAUCAGGGUUAACGAGGGAUCAAACUGCUUACAUUCGCUUUGUGUACUGCACGGUUAGCGAGCUUGUAUUGUUCGUGCUGCGGAGUCACUAAACUGUCUACUGUCAUGCUGUGUGUAUAAGACAAAAAUGUCGGAUCUUGUCUCAGUGGCUGCUAUCAAGGAUCUUCUGACAGAGUGUCCAAUAUGCACAGAACACUUUGAUGACUCAAUACGAAUUCCUCGUCGUAUGACAUGCUGUGUCCAGUCCAUAUGUCAGCCCUGUCUGGAAACCUGCAGUGGAGGCAAUACAACCAUAUCCUGCCCUAUGUGUCGGCACCAACAUAACCUGCCCGGUGGAGUGAAAUCCCUGCCCAAAGAGACGGUCAUCCUGAAGACUCUGGACUACCUCAAGAUCCAGAAAGGUCUUCAUCUUCCAUGUACAGACUGUCCGGACAAGGAAACCGCUCAAGCCCAGUGUGACAACUGUGGGGUAUUUCUCUGUUCUAUCUGUCUGAAUGCCCACAGGAGGAAUGUAACAACAAAGACACACACAAUAGUUACCUUUGAUGAGAUGAAGGGGCGACCUGUGCAGAGUUUCCGUCGUCGACAUCAGUGUAGUCAACACCAGCAGCCUCUGCAGUUCUACUGCCACACUUGUACCAAGGUCGUCUGUGUUUCAUGCACUGUAGUAGAUCACGAUAAAGGGAAGGGACAUAAUGUUGUGUCUGUGGAUGAGGCACACCAAGAACUGUCGAAAUCCAUAGAAGACGUUUUCGCAAAGAUGAAUGAGAAGUCAGAGACACUGGACAAAGCAGAAGUAGAAUUAAUGAAGAAGCUGAAGAACAUCCAAAUGUCCAAGAGGGUUGCCACAGAUGAUAUCAACAAAACUUUUGACGAUCUGGCCAAUGAGCUGAAGCAACGGAGGUCAGUCCUGUUGUCAGAUGUUGAACAUAAAUCUGCUCAGAAUCUUCAGCUGACAAAGGAUGCACUUGGGAAAACAAGAGAUUUGCAGACUAGAGUAAAAUCUUCCAUUGAAUACACAAAACUAAUGAGAAGUAAAGCUGACAGGAUAGAGGAUCUUCAGGUGAUGAUGUCUUCAGUCGGCCCCUUGAGCACUAUGUUGGGGAGGAUUUACAAAAGGUAUUCUUUGUCAGGACUGGUGUGUACUUUGUCGAGUCAAACAUACAUCAUCUUUGUGAUAGUAUGGCAGCUGGAAUGGUCAGGUCAGUCACGUUCUCCCCAACAGAGAGGCCGAAAUAUGUGCCAGAUACUGCAGCAUACAAUGCCAUCGUACAGGAUCCAGCAGUGUUACCUACAGGCGCGAUGCUGGAAUGGGACGCAGGAACAGCUUAUGGCGCUGUAUGUGUAUCUGGGCGGGUAGUCACCAACAAUCCAC